AGAAGGAAAAUGAUUCCACUGACUAAGGCAGUUUUCCUAACAGUACUUUGGACAGUAUCUUUGCAAUUCGCCACGGCAACGGCGGAGGACAAUCUUCCACCGAGGCUCAGUGGACCCGGUGCUGGAGCACUGGAUCCCGACGAAGUUGCAUUUGCAAUGGCUUGGUGCGCUCAGCAGCACGCUGGAGCAUUCGUUAACUGGGCGGCUGUACAGCAAUGGCAGCAGUGGAACUUCGAUAUCCGGCGACCGGAAAACCAGUGCUUCACCCGGUGUUUCCUCGCAGCGGUGGGGUUGUACGCGGCCGACGUUAAUCAGUUUAAAACUUCAGCAGUCGAAGUGCAGUACCAGAAAUAUUCAGACGUUUUGUCAAGUGUGGUGAAUACUGGAAAGAUGAGCAAACUACGGAAAGCUUUGAAAGAACUUGAUUCAGGUGAUGGAUCCUGUCAAGCAGUACAUAGCAGUUUCAAAAAGAUUUGGAAAAGGAAUGAAUUGCGUACAUCUUUGUCCAAUCUUUAUCACGGCAAUGAAGAUAUUCUACGAAACUUGUAUAGAAAAGACGAAAGCAUUAAAAUUGUGGAUGAAUCGGCAUUUGAUUUCUGUGCAAGAACUAUAAAGCCUCCGAAGCAAAGCAGCUGUAAAAUUAGAAACACACUGCUAGUGCUAACUGGCAUUGAAGGGAAAACCCUUGAGUUUAUCGAUUGCAUAUUCCAACAAUUUAGGUACAUGGACAAAAAUUACAACAUCGUUGUUGAUGAAAUUCUAAGUGACUUCAAGAUGAUCGGUUCACGCCACAUAACAGAUGCAAAAGCAAUUCUGGAGCGAUGCAGAAACCCUGCCGAAGCUGGUGUUGGGCUCCGCUGUUACAAUGCGCUGCUAAACGAUCCUAAAACGAAGUACGGAUUUAAGUUGGCCCUGGUGGCUCGUCGUGCAAUCUCCUCGGAUUAUUUUUAUUUUGUAAAAAAUAACCUGGCUGAUUUAAAGCUGAUUCACAGUCGAAUUACCGCUUCUAAAUGCAUUAAUUAGAAUUGAAUUGGAAGUUACUUUCGGAUACGAUUAUAAAGAUAAAUAAACGCAACAGUAUAGCAAAAGGAAAAUAAACGUAUUAAUUUGGCACAA